CAGUGAAGGCCGGUGGUUUGCUCUCCAUACCGCUCUAUACCAUAGACCCAGUGAGGGUAACAUUCAGUGCCCUUGGUUCAGAUGAAGUGAUGAUGCUCGAUGCAAAUAAAGGCCCAGCCAGGUAUGGGGAGCAUUGUGCUCAGAGAUGUGAGCUUCUGGCCCAGAACUACACCCUUUUGCUGAGGAGUGUGACACUGGAGGAUGCCGGAGUCUACAAGGUGACCGAUCCUGAGACCAAGAAGACCAUCAGCUCAGUCUCUCUGCACAUCUCAGCCCAGCUGGCAGUAUCUCCAGUCUACUCUGUCCGCACGUUCGUGAGCUUCGGCCAUUCCCUCACUCUUCCCUGCGAUGGAGACCCCAGCAGGGAUGUGGAUUGGUUGUUUCAGCAGGAUGAGUUUCCUGAUUGGCUUUUUGUUGCCCAACUCCACAACGGAGCCUUUUCCUCUGGAUACGGCUUCCAGGGACGGGUGGAAUCCUUCCACCUAACAGAGCCAGGAAACUACAGCCUCACCCUCAGUCCUGUGGUGUACAGUGACCUCGGCAUUUACAAGUGCCAGUACAAGGAUGAGACUGAGAUCCUUCUUUCAGAUGUGAAACUAGAAAUUAGAGUCCCAUCAAAUGUUUCCAUAGCGAUGGGAAUGUCCGCCAGUCUUCCUUGCUUUGGGAAAAUUAAUAUGCAAGCACGUGCUGGUGAUCUGGAUAUCCUCUGGAAGAGAGGUGGAGAGAAAGUUUACCAGAUCCAUAAGAACACCAUCACAUAUGGUCCCGGGUUCGAGAACAGAGCUUCAGUUUCCCCAGAACAAGCCCUCAAUGGAAACAUGUCUUUAACCAUCAGACAGACACGGUUUUCAGAUGAAGGCGACUACCAGUGCUUCUACAACAGUCCGAAAGCGAGGGGGAAUCCAGAUUCUGCCAGUCUCGUUGUGACGGGCCACCCACCCCAGACCCUCACAGUGAAGGCCGGUGGUUUGCUCUCCAUACCGCUCUAUACCGCAGACCCAGUGAGGGUAACAUUCAGUGCCCUUGGUUCAGAUGAAGUGAUGAUGCUCGACGCAAAUAAAGGCCCAGCCAGGUACGGGAAGCGUUGUGCUCAGAGAUGUAAGCUACAGAACUACACCCUUUUGCUGAGGAGUGUGACACUGGAGGAUGCCGGAGUCUACAAGGUGACCGAUCCUGAGACCAAGAAGACCAUCGGCUCUGUCUCUCUGCAAGUCUUAGCCUCUGCGGGACUCUCUGCUGGAGCAGUGGCUGGGAUAGUGGUGGGAGUGAUGGUGUUGCUGCUGGUUCUGGCUGGCAGUGCCUUUGCAGUCUGGAAGUUCUUCAUAAAGACAGCAAACCCUGAAAAUGAAAUUAGUUUCCGAGCAGCCAAUGCAGAAGAUCUCUAAGGUUCCAACAGCAGAGCAGCAUGCGUUCUGUUUCCUGACAGCCAUGAACCCCCUCUCUCUGUGUCCUGUAGGGCAGUUGUAAGUUGUUUCUCUGCGGUCGCCUCUCUGAGGGCUCAAAUGCUUUAUUUCUGCAUAAGCUCCCAAAUGAGUCUGUGUCUGUUACUUUCAAUAUUCCAACACUAUCUUCCACUUCCCUUCAGGAUCGCCAGACCCCUCAUGCCAGAUACCCAUAAUUCUAAGACACUGGGGGGGAUUAACAACCUCCUGGCAUGUAGAGGAGGCAUAGUAAGGACUGUUCAUUCACUGUUAACCACACUAACGUUGUGAACCCCCAUGGUGUGAUAGCUUUGUGAUGUGCCAACUCAACGCCUAGAUAAUUGCUGUGUAUCCCUAUAGAGCACCACUGGCGACUAGCGGGCACCGUCAGUAUUUCAAGGCCGCUCCAUUCACACCAGCGAAUGGAGGAAAGUCUAAUUGAAUAAUUAGCAAAUACAAUUACAAUAUCCAACAGGUCUGAAAAACUCAAAGCGAGUGCAGGCUAUUAGAAUCUUACAGUGUCACGUUUCUGAGUUCCCUAGCCUGCACAACUUAGAAAUAAUUCUUCAUCUUCUCGUAACCUGAACCAAAAGUAAUCAUGUUUGGUAUGGGUAUAUUUUAAUACUCACAACGAAGGUCGGGGUACAAAGUAUAUCCACCUUUCUUGCAUUGCUAAAUAAUUAU